AUGAAUGAACUGAACAUCCCUGAAGAGACUAAGAAGUUGCUUGAGAGCACAUCCAGAAUGGAAGAGCUUGCUGAAGAAGUACUGAACCUGAAACAAUUCCUUAUUGAAAUCGAUAAAUAAGAGGUGCAGUAAUAUGGAAGGACUAGCUUUGUUCAGGAAAAUGGAUUCGGGCACAAACUUACUCUGGAUGAACUUUGGCGAAAUGUUCGUACGACUCCCUCGUAAGAAUGUGUAUAAGAUGCUUGAAGAGGACCAAGGGAGUGUCUUAGACUUAGUUAAAGAGAAACGGAAUGAGCUGAAGAAGAAGAUUAGAGAACUAUUAGAGUUGCAGCCCAAGAUCUCAGAUAUGAGCCCCAUUGUUCAAGGCCUGCUGCUUAAAGAGCAAGAGGAGAUUCUGGAAGAGCAACAAGAUUACUAA